AUGGAGGUAGGAACGUGUAGCCUUGAAUGCAUCGCUUCUGUCCUUGUCGUAGGUUUUUUAUGGGGAGCCACAAAUCCGCUACUCAGAAUCGCUUCUCUUGAAAAUCAAGGUGACAUUUUUCCUUUUUUCUCUGCAAAAUAUAAUUCAGAUGAAGGAAGUAAGUCUUUAUCGAGUCCUUUGAAAAAGUUCAUUUACGCUUUCCUGAAUUGGCGAUUUUCAAUUCCUUUUCUUGUGAAUCAGUUGGGUUCGGUAAGUCGAAAAAGCCUUUCGCCGCUGUUGGAAUGGCUUUUUGAGGUUCUUUUCCACGUGUUGCUGGUGGCGUUUCCCGUAUCAGUGGUCGUGCCGUGUGUCAACGCGACGCAGCUCGUGUCAGCGAUUUUCGUCGGCUUAAUUUUAGGAGAAAAGACGAAGCUUUCCAAGAUUAAUAUCCUUGGGGCUUUCCUUAUGGGUGUCGGUAUGAUCGGCAUGUUGACCUUUGAUUGAAUGGUUAUAAAACUAAGCAUAUCAGUUUUUUCGGGAGGACAACCAGAGGGGAAUUUUUUUUCGUUGCGGUCUCGCUCUAUUUUUAGAAACAUGACGCGGAGUUGUUGACUACCUCAUUUUAUGGCUGUGUGCAGAGAGCUCUUUUCGAUUCCCCAAAAACAUCAAUCAUCGGAUUAUUAAAGCUUUUUUUUUCCGAACUUUUGAAUAUAUUAAGCACAGGUCCCCAUUCUAUGUUAAUAUCAGCUUCUAAGAGCUGAUUUGUUUGUUUCGGCUUGCUUAUUUAAUCUUUAACAACAUUUUGGAAAAUUUAAAGACGCAAGAAUAGUAAGUAAUAUAAAUUACACUGAAAAAAUUUUCUCGUCACACAUUUCAAAACAUUUUUUUACUGAUUCCUCCUUCAAACAUCUCACUUUUUGUCGUGAAUCACCUAUCGCUGAAGAACUUAACUAUAUAGAUAUUCACAAAAAUAGUUUGAAAAUUAAAAGUGCUGAUGGUUUCGAAAGUUUGCCGUGGGGCGCACUAUGAAUUCCUCAUCAUUUUAUCGAACGCUCGUGAGGCCGCCUCUUGCACAUCACACGCCCUCUUUCUCUCGUGGCUUGCGUUUUCCACCCUGGUUGCCUGGAGUUUAGCUGGUUUUCACUCUUCUCGAGCCGACCCCUCUUUUUCCUAGUUCUUUCAAUUUUCCCAUUUUACCUACUUCUCCCUCAAAACCUGGAUGUUUUGCCCAUCUUUCAUUUAUCUCUUGCUUUUUUGUUUUUUUUAAAGCUCAAAAAUCAGUUAAGAAGUUCUUGUGAUGUUUAUUCGUUUAACGUUUUAAAUACUCGCAGUUUUUUUGAAAACAAUAAACUUUACUUGAAACGUUCUUAUAUUUUCAUUGUUUACACUUUGAACGCGACAUUUUUUUUCCAGACGUCUUCAUUCAUAUCAUUGAUCAUUUUCAUUCAUUCUUGUUUUAUUUUUCCUCUGUUCAACUAUUGCGAAAUCGUAUAUAAAAAAUGCGUUUUUUCGUUUCAACGGAAAAAAAACUACAUUUUGUAGCCUCCGACCUAGCGGCGGAAGUUUACUGGUAAUUGUCUUCUUCGAUUAAUCGUCCGGCACACCCCGAGGGAGAGUGUGUGUAUGGACGUGAGCUUUGACUGUCCCCAGAAACCCGAAGAUUCCUUGUACCGAGGAAUCUAGCGAUCCUUCUAGUCCGCCACCUUUACGGGGCAUUGUAAGUUUCGAAUAUUUUUUUAGGGCUGCAGAAUGAUUUUUCAGGAGCUCGAACAAACACCUUUGAUUGUGAUUUACGCGGCGCCCACACUCCGAGCUAGUCAAGUCCAGCUCGACAAGAACGCCGAGCCUCCUUGGGAUCCUGAUCCGCUCCUGCUUUUCGCCCAUUAAGGUUAACAAUUUUUAUUUCUCAUAAAGCUCAAAAUUCAAAAUGUUUCGAAGAAUUAGGUUCUUAUAUUCAGUUCUCUUUAAUUAAUUUUCGCACAAGGGAGCUCGUUUAGAACCUACUUUUUUUCAGGUAUCAACCUUCCAAUUUAUAUCUGCGUUCAUAUUUCUUCUCAUCGCAAGCGCGCAACCGCCUAUAUCGGUUCAGCGCACGAGCGAUUUAUUCUUCUAGUAUUCCUUCUAUUCAAAAAAUAACUUCGCACCGUACUUUGUGCCAAAAAAUCGCCGCUGCCUUCGUUCGACCUCCGCCACUCUUCGUAAGCUGGUCUUCCCGUGAAGACCUUGCUUCUCGGCUUUGCAGCAACCUACACAUUCCUCCCUAAUUCGUCAAAGGUUUCGUUUAUUCUGACUUCUGACUUAAGAAUAGUUUUCAGCAAAACCACCUCUGUGAUGCGUCUCCGCCUACCUUCCGCAACCUACUAUCCGCCAGCCGGAAAAGACGAAUGGACCCGCGAAAUGUUCAACGAACAGAGCGUGAUGGUCGUCUCCUCGCCGCACAACCCGACGCAGAUGGCACGGCACGUCGUCGACCACGUCUCCUCGCAGAAUCCCUUCUUCGUGAUGGACGUCGCGGCCGUUCAGCGACAUCUCGAAGCCUGGCGCUCAGGAAUGCCACGCGUUCGUUCUGGGUUCCCUGUCAAGUACAACGCCGACCCUAUACUCGCUCGUCUUCUCGCCAACAACGACGACGUCAUCUUCGAGGUCGCAUCUAUUGAGGAACUUCAAAUGGUAAGAAAUUUGAUUAUAAAGUUUUUUCUUUAUUGUAGGUAGUGUGUAACAGCGAGAAUCUUAAACGAGGGUAAUUUUAUUUCCCCAUUUUAACGAAAAGUCAACUAAAAUCAAACGUAAAAGUUGAAAAAAGAAAAAGGUUUUAUAAAAGGAAUGGACAUUAUUAUUUCCCAUUGUACUUUGAAUGAGAAACCGAUAAAAAAUUUUUAUAUGAUAUUCAUGAUUUUUUUAAAAUUUUUCUUGGUGUUAACUUUUCUAGUUUUUUUACAACGUUCCUGAAAUCAUGUUAAUCUACGGAAAAUAGAAAGUUUAGUUUUUUUCAUACCACCAUUCUAAAACAGUAGAAUAUGAUUAAUAUUUAAAACACUUUCUGCUUUAAUUAACUGUACAGAGGGCUUCCCGAAAAGCUUAUUGAGGAUUUUUCUUUUCUGGAGUAUUUUAUUAAUAACUCUUUUGAAACGGUCCAAUUUCAGGCUCUCGACUAUGUGGACUCUUCUCGUAUCGUUCUGUCCUCUCCGCUGUUGACGCGAAAGUCGAUCCGCGCUGCUGGAGAAGUCGGAUGUGGCGUGAUUGUCAUCGAAAGUCUGAAGCAACUGAAUGACGUGGCAUCCUAUGCUCUUCACUCCGAGUAAGUUAUUUUUGAUUAUUUUCUCAUUUUAGGAUUUUUUCCAGAAUUCUCCUUGCUGUUUCUUUCGACCCUCAAGUUGAAGUCGGAUGUUCGCUCGAAGACGUGCUUGAGAUCUUCGAAAUGGCUCGCAUUCUUGGCGUUCACCUGACCGGAAUUUGGUGCGUCUGCUAUAGCUGAUUCACGGCUGGCUUGAGCCAUCGAAAAAAGGGUCCUGAAACGAUAAUAAAAGAGACAGUGCCUAGUUGGUAGAAGGUCCAGACAGGCCACACAUUUUCGAGUCCCAAGCUAGCUGUGAACUACAUUGUUAUAAUUUUUGUUCAACUACAUCUUUGAAGCUUCGAACUGGGAUCUUCUGCCACCGCCAACUGUUAUGCGAAAGCGCUGAAAGAGACUCGGAAACUGUUUGACGAAGCGAAGAUGAUGGGUCUCGCGAUGUCGCGCAUUGGCAUGGGAAACAUCUCGAUAACGCGUGACUUUGCCAGCGUCGACUACAAAAUGGUUUGUGUGAGCGCUCAUCCCGUGUGCAAGGAUCCUUUUGCAGUUGUGCAGCUCCAUCGAAACCACUCUGAACGAACUUUUCCCUCUGUGCUAUUUCUCGAACGUCGAGGUGUUCGCCAACGCGGGCUCUUUCCUUGUCAUGAACGCCUUCUCUCUUUGCACCAACGUCAUCGGCAAACAAGCUCUCGAGGCGAAACAAAUCACCAACGACGGUUUAUUUUCAUUGAGUCUUUCAAUUUAUAUUAAUUUGGUUGAGAUUUCGACGAUGGCGUCGGUUUCGUCUACCAAACCAACGAAGGCGUCUACGGAUCGUUCGGCUGUCGACUUCUCGACGUGAACCCUCUCUGCAAACCGCUCCAUGUAGGUUUUCGUGUUAUAAGAAAAGUUCCAGCUUUUGAGUUUUCGGCAUUUUAUGAAACAUGGAAAUAUGAUUUUUUCAAUAAUUUAUGUAAGAAGUCCUACAGCAUUCUUCAUCUUUCCAUCAUCUUUUGUUCAUUUGAAAAAGUUUCUGCAUUUAUCAAAAUAGAUGGCUCAGAUUAUCAUCCAAAAAAAUAUAGCUGGUUUGAGCCAUUGAAAAAAUGGUCCUGAAACGAUAAUAAAAGAUAGUACCUGAUUAGUGGAAAGCUCAGACAGUCCAUGCUUUUUUGGCUAAUCUGCGCCCCAAGCUAACCGUGAAUCAGCUAUAAAGAAUGAGAGAAAUUCAAAAAAGAGAAGCUUUCAUUCUGGAAUCAACUCACUUUGAAGGAAAGCGAGAUGCCUGAAGAGAUGGAGGAACAGCAUUUCGGAACAAUCGUUGGACCAUCUCUGGACGACAUGGACGUGGCGCAGGAGGUUCUGCGGUGCCGUCAACUGCGCGUCGGCGAGUGGCUGUUGUGGGAGGAGAUGGGAGCCUUCACGAUUCCCAUCCAGAGCGACCAACCUGCGCUUCCCGUCUACUAUUACGCUGGUCGCGAAUGUUGGUCAGUGCCUUGACCUUUAUAAAGCGUAUCGCCCGAAAGUAGGCGUUAUGAAAAAGUUGAAGGAAACCUUAUUUAGAAGCUGUUACCAGUUAAUUUUCUGUAAUACUUAGAGCUUCCGGUUCUCAACGAUUAUUAUCAAAGCACCCAUUAUGGGAGGCGUUUGCUCAAUGUUUGCUAACGUCCUUUUUUGCCUUUGAAAAAGCAAUUUCAAGAUGCGUGUGCUGUUGCAAGUUUCAUGAGCAAUGGUUCCUUUUUGAAUUGAGACAUUUCUUUCAGUCGAAAAGAGCUUUCAAGAGCUAUUUUCAGGGACCGUUUGAUGAACAAGGCACUCGACCGGCGACCGUCGAGCUCCUUUCAGCGACGGAGGUUCGAUCGGAGGCAGCGUCUGCGAGGACUACUCAUCUUCUUCUGA